AGAUCCUCUGCGCUUGUUUUCGAGCUCCAUUGAAGGGGACGUGUCCAUUGAGAAAACAGACUAUGGUCAUGGUGUUUACACAGCAAGAGCAGCAGCCAUGAACAACAUCAACUGCACAGAAGAAGAAGAUCAGCGAAAGCGAGAGAGUUCUCUCCCACCUCUGGAUUCCAGAUUUAAUCAGACCCUUAAGAAUGUCCAAGGGUUACUUAAGGGCCGCAGUAUUCCUGGUAAAGUAUUACUGACAAGGAGAUCAGAUUUUCCAGAGGACUCCGGCAUAAGAUCACCAACUUAUCAGAGGAGUUUAUCAGAGAAUGACACUGGCAGAAGUGAUCAUGGGGAUAAGUUUUUGGAUGCAGAAGGACAGAAUGCUAGCAAGACAAGUAAUAAAGCACCUGUUAAUAAGAUGAGAUCAUCAUCCUUAAAUGUCGAAAAUACAGCCAGAGAAGUCCAAAAAACUGCAAUGGGUGCUAGAGCAACUGAUUCAGCAAGAGUACUGAAGUUCACAAAGACGCUAUCAGCAACCACAGUUAUGUUAGAGAAGUUACGUGAGUUAGCAUGGAGUGGUAUACCACCUUAUAUGCGCCCUGAUGUCUGGCGGCUUCUCUUGGGAUAUGCACCACCUAAUUCAGAUAGAAGGGAGGGAGUUCUAAGAAGGAAGCGCCUUGAGUAUCUUGACUGUGUAGCCCAGUUUUAUGACAUUCCAGAUUCUGAGCGUUCAGAUGAUGAGAUAAACAUGCUUCGUCAGAUUGCUGUUGAUUGUCCAAGAACUGUACCAGAUGUCUGUUUCUUUCAGCAAGUGCAAGUUCAGAAAUCUUUGGAGCGCAUUCUCUAUACAUGGGCCAUUCGACAUCCUGCAAGCGGAUAUGUUCAGGGAAUAAAUGAUCUUGUUACACCUUUCUUCGUCGUUUUCUUGUCAGAAUAUUUAGAAGGCGGCGUGGAUAGCUGGUCAAUGGCUGAUCUCUCUUCAGAGAAAAUCUCAGAUGUAGAACCUGUUUCAAAACACAUGGAUGAGCAAGGGCUUGAAUUUCUUCAGUUUGCUUUUCGCUGGUUUAAUUGUCUUUUGAUUCGUGAGAUUCCUUUCCAUCUUGUUACGCGCCUGUGGGACACGUAUCUUGCUGAAGGAGAUGCAUUGCCAGAUUUCCUUGUGUACAUAUUUACUAGUUUUCUUCUAACGUGGUCAGAUAAAAUUCAGAAGCUUGAUUUCCAAGAAAUGGUGAUGUUCCUGCAACACCUUCCCACUCAAAACUGGACACACCAGGAACUCGAAAUGGUUCUCUCGAGAGCAUAUAUGUGGCACAGUAUGUUUAACAACUCCCCCAGCCACUUAGCCAGCUGAGGAGCAAAGUGACACAUUCCUAAUCAACUGCCUGAUACUAGUAUAUUUUUUUUUUCUCUGAGUUUUGUGGAGUAAUCUUUUUUUAUUUAUUUUCAAUGCUUCAACAUCUAUGGGUGUAUGUUUUAUCUUAUCAUCUGUAUUGUGGUUGUAAUAUUUGUAAUUUUAAGCAUAUAUUUCUUUGUACAUUUACCUUUUGAGUCAUUGACAGGAGGAAAUAGAGAAUUCUUCCCUUUUUUGUAUUGAUUUUUGAGUUCUUGAAUGGAGUUCAAAGAAAACAUUUUACCCCA